AUGGCACUUAUGGAGUCUCAGUCUCUCAAGCAGCGGCUCUCUGAAGUUAUCCGUUCCUUGGAGCAAGAAGGCUACUUGGAUUUUCAUUUCAGGAUGGCUCAAUCGGUUAAGAAAUUCAAUGGUUCAUUCGCCUUUUUGGAGCUCAUUUCGACCUUUCGCGCUGACUGCCAAUCUACCUUGCGGGUUCUCAGACAAGAACUCGAUCAACCUAUUAUAAGUUUUCAGGACAUGGAACUGCUUUGUAUCAAAAUCAAAGGGAGCACGUCAAGCAUUGGUGUUCCGCGUAUGACGCUCGCUUGCAGUGAUCUGAGGCAGGCUAUUUGUAACAAUUCUAAAGAGGACUUGAGAGGAGAAUCGUCACUCUUGAAUUUGAGCUGGCCCCAUGAUGACGUCGUCAAUGCAUCUUCUAAUAUUCAUGUAGACUGCCACGGUGCUGAAUCAACUGCGGUGAUGGAUGAUUCUCGGAGUCGAUGUGAUGGCAAUGUGUCAACAGCCGCGGUAAAGUUGCAAAAAGUCUACAGGAGUUACCGCACCCGGCGGAGGCUGGCAGAUUCCGCUGUGGUUGCUGAAGAGUUAUGGUGGCAAGCUAUAAACUAUGCAAGGCUGAAUUACAGUACGGUUUCGUUUUUCGAUUCCCAUAAAUCGGAAACGGCAGCCUCAAGGUGGAGCAGGAUCAGCCUGAUUGCUUCAAAGAUUGGGAAGGGAUUAUGUGAGAAUUCCAAGGCCCAGAAAUUAGCUUUUCAACAUUGGAUUGAAGCUAUAGAUCCAAGACAUCGUUACGGUCACAAUCUCCACUUUUACUAUGAUGAAUGGUGUAGAAGAGAUGCGGGGCAGCCAUUUUUCUACUGGUUGGAUGUUGGAGAUGGAAAAGAGGUCGAUCUCACGGAUUGCCCAAGAUCAAGGCUAAGAGAAGAGUGCAUCAGAUAUCUUGGACCGCAAGAGAGAGAAUCCUAUGAGUAUAUUAUUGCUGAAGGGAGGAUGAUGCACAAACUAACUGGCAAUCUCCUGGACACUAAGAAUGGAACGCAAAGCAAAAAAUGGAUCUUUGUAAUGAGUACCUCUAAGAAUCUUUAUGUUGGAGAGAAAAAGAAGGGAUCGUUUCAUCAUUCCAGUUUCCUUGCAGGAGGAACCACCUUGGCUGCUGGAAGGCUCAUGGCAGAAUGUGGAAAGCUCAAGAGUGUAUCGGCAUAUAGCGGACAUUACCGUCCUACUGAUAAAAGCCUCAGCAGCUUCCUCACUUUCCUCAAAGAGAAUGAAGUCAACCUUGAUGAAGUUCAGGUAAUGUCUCCCAUGGAAGAUAAUGAGCACUAUGAUAUUAGCAUGUCAUGUCGACAAGGACGUACAUUUCAACAGAUAAAAGCUCUUAUAUCACCCUCGCUUCAUGUGCCUGGGGAAACAGAAAACGACCAACAUUCUGAAUCGUGUGGAUCUAGUCAAGUUAGCAGAAUCGGUAGUUACCAAAGAACCUUAUCCAGUAAUCUCCAGAGCCCUCAAACAAGGGUGCCAAAGAAAGAGAUCCUGCAGAGAAUCAAGUCCAAGAAGGAAGCAAGUUCUUACCAACUAGGUGAACAGCUAUCUUUGAAAUGGUCUACUGGAGCAGGGCCAAGAAUUGGGUGUGUUGCAGAUUACCCUACGGAUUUAAGGGCACAAGCACUGGGUUUCGUCGACCUCUCGCCAACACUGCACUUAGCAGCAUCAGCUUCUGAACCUUCGUCGGGCUCCAAAUCAUCACUUAAACCUUGCAGGAUAAUGUGAGCUGAAUGUAAAAAGGAUACGCAUUCUUA